UAAAAGAAAUAAGGCUCGAUGUUUCAACAGUUUCACUCUUACGUUGUUCUUCUUCGAAUAUUCUAAGACGGACUAGAAUAUUCUGCUGAUAAGACUUUACGCAUUGUAAAAUUCAUAUUUUGUCUUCGACGAACCUCAUUUUAUAUUGCAAAAUUCAAGCAGCUGUCAUACACUGAAGCCGUUUCAAUAAUCAAUGUCUUAUCGUUUAUUAUCUGUCAGUCAUUAUUCUGGUAAAAAAUAAAAUAGAAGGAAUGAAAAUUUGCUUUUGCUUCCGAAUGGAAGUCUUGUACUUGACCGAUUUUUCCAAUCUCUAAUUUCAAUUGCAAAUUAGUUUGAAUGUUAUAAAAUGCGAGAGAGGAUGUUUUUUAUGCUAUAAAAUUUUUUUAAAAAAAGGGUAAAGUUCGUAGCUAAAAAUCUGAAUUUUCAAUCUAUGAUAGUUAUCAUUAAUCUUUACUUUGAUGCAUCGUUUCAGCUCAAUCGGUCCAAUAGUUCCCAAUAAUUUGAUGAAAAAUUGGAAUAGCAGGUUCAAAUCGUAGCUUUGAGGAUAUAAAAACUAUGAUUUGAACUAGUCGCGAAUAUCUAGCUUUUCAUGUUCGAAAUCGAAUCGGCGCGGACGCAUUAGGUAGCACUCUACCAAUCGAAUUGUUAGAAAUGAAAGAGAAAAACCCGCAAAGUAUCGGUCAUAUCGCUUCUGUCGAAUAGUGUCAGUCGCCUGCUUGUUUCCAUUUGUUUCCCGGAAUAAAUAAAUACUAAAGGAGUAGAAGAACACAUCCAAAAAAAAUUUCUAGCCAUUUGUUGCAUGUUCAGAAAAAAACCUUUGCUAGAGAACAAAUUCUACUCCCAUAACCUCAUCCAUUCUUUUCAAGUCCGCCGGUCUCGUGCGACUGUUGCGCACCCACGUGGCCCCCUCAUCUAGUUCAAAACACGUGAAAACAAUAAACAUAUGAACGACCGCUUCAAAGUCCCUAAUAAUGUCCAAAAUAUUGAAUUUAUAUAAAUCACUGGACCAAACCAGUGAUCAGUGUAUCGAAUUCAUAGAGAACCUUCUCUCAGUCAGUUCUGAUGUGCCCUUAACCAGCGAAGAAGUAACCACUUUGCAGAAUUCAAUCAUCAGUAUCAUAAACUCUCGAUUGAAUCAAUCAGGGACUCGCCAAGAGGGUUUAACCAUUCUUUUGAGAAUUCUCCCAAGAUGUUCGCGAGAAAUUUUAUCAAAACAUGCACCUCUCUGGGUGGGAAAAGCCGCACAAGUCCUGGAGAACCCCCAGAACACCUCAAAAGCUAUCGAUAUCUCCUGCAAAGUCCUCUCAAAAUUAGUAAUAUCUUGCAAAGAUAUUCCCGAGCUGCAGAAGCAGAUCUCAAUGCAGAAUGUCAAGCAGCUGAUAGCCACCAUCUCCAACAUGGAGGAUGACAAAAAAACAGGUGGGGUAUUUUACAUAAUAGCGACACUGUUGUAUCACUAUCGAGAGCCCUGUGAACGCCUCCAGUCGACGAUUCAGGAGCUAAUUAUUCCCCUGAUCGAUUCCAAGCACAGAAACUUGGUUCAGGCUGGCGCCAACUGUUUCACACUGCUCGCAAAAGCGACUGAACGAUCAUUUAAACCACCUGGAGAAUUCCCUGAUUACACUUGUAUUGCUCAUCAACAAGCCCUCAUCAGCCACAAUCUCCAUACCAUAUUGGAUGAGCUCUUCACUGGUGUCAUUGAGCUCAAUACCACAGAUACCUGGGGAUCCCUGGACCUGCCGAAUCUCUCCCAGGGAAAUGUCGUUGAAUACUACCAGAACGUCGAACGAAGAUUCCAGAAUUUGUGUGUCUACCUGGCCACAACCCUUCGUGGGUGUUCAGGAAAGAAUUCAGUCUCCUGCAAGACAAUAAUAAAGCUUCUCUGCAGAGGACUGGCAGUGACGCCUGACAGUCUGUCGAGCGACGACUCUUUCAAGAAAGAAAUACUGUAUUUAAUGCUCCCAAAAAUGCAAAUGAGCUUAUUGAACGUCUUGAAUGCCUUUAUCAACGGUUUUCGGGGAGAACUCGUGCCUUUUGCUUUGACGAUUCUGCAACUGUACGGACAGACGUUAAAGUGGACUGGAAAGGUUGAUGAGGUGAGCGAGAAGACGAUGAGUGGCAGCAAGCCCUUCAAGAACAUCAGGAUUGGAGUCUACAGGAGUUUAUCGUUGUGGUUGAAGUGUUUGGGGAGUCUGUCGGGUAUUGACAUGAUAGCAGACGACAUUCUGGCAAACAUCAUCACGGAUGUGACCCCAGAGAAGGAGCAGGUACUCUUGACGAUUCAGAAAACCCAGAAUAUGUCCAAAAAGGCCCUCAAGAAGUUCAAGGACAGCCAGUACGAUAGUCCAGCUCUUGGAUCUGGCCCUAAAGUCGUGAAGAAUCCACUGACAAACGGAGAAUUGUGUAGAGAAGCUCUCGUUACUCUGCAGAAUAUUUUGUAUAAUUCAGGAGUCUCGUUGGAGCCAGUGAUGCACAGGGCUCUUCAAAAAAUUGUGGUCCCUCUGCUCCUGGAUGUUUACCUAGAGAAAGACGAGCAGAGCCUCUAUUCGACGGACGUCGAGUGUAGACUUCAUUUAUUGAGAGCCCUCAGGGCUAUCCAGAUGAAUCCUAAUCCACUGACACCACCUCCGACCCAGUUUUCCAUCCAGAUCUUCCAGCUGGCGAUCAAUGAUGACAAUGAAGAGGUCAUGAAUGAAGCUAGAGUGGCUCUUGCUGAGCUGGAGAAGAUUGUCCACCCCAGUGCGGAUACUCUCGACUUUCCUCCCCUCCAGGAUCACGAAGACACCUUUCAGGAUGUCGAUUCCAUCAUUGGGACCUUUAAAGACACCGAUGCUCUUGACAAAAUACGAGAUAUUGCGAAGCGAAUUAAUGAUUCCAGAAAUGAUCAUCUCCAGUCCGGGACUGGUGAGUCUUCAAAUCAGGAGCAUGAUAAGGAGCGAAAUGAGGAAGUGAUGACGAAUGGCACGGGGAGGAAACGAGAUAAUAGUUUUGAUGAAAUUGAAGUGAUAGGGGAUGAGGUCCAGGACAAUGAUAUCGAGGUGAUUGACGCCAGUCGGCAUCAGCCUCCAAAGAAGCAGAGGAAGAUUCAAAUUGUCGAGGAUAUCUGCAUUCCACCCCGCGGAAAGGGCCACGACAGUCCUAUGAAGAGUCCCUCCAUCGAGGAAAUCCGCCAGGACGUGCCUGAACGAUACUCCCAGGACAGUUAUGACAGCAAUCGAGGAGAGAGCGCCUACUUCACGAUCAAGGAUGCUCAGAGGGUCUCGGGUAACACCUCUACGAGUUCAGAUCCACCUCUUGAGAUCAUCAAGGAGGUCAGUCUCUCCAAGGAAAUUAGUAUAAUUGAGAGUGAAACUAAAUCAGGAAGUAAGGACGAUGGGUCUGAUGACGAGGUUAUCCUCAGUAUGUUUUGCGAUCAAAUAAAAGAUUAGUUUUUAAAAUAA